CUUUGAUCUGUUAUUAUUCUGCGUUUUUUGUCUGUCACAUACUCUCUCACCGCUUUACUUUUUGGUAAUAAACCCUUCAAAAGAAAAACCGUUUUCUCCGUUUCUCGUCUUUCAACCUUAUCUUAGGUUCGAUUCUGCAUUAGACGCAUGAAGGAUUCGAAUUCGGAUCUGUUUGACCCGGUUGUGGCCAUGGAGUCCGAGUGGUCGCGCGGCGGUUCAACUUCCGACGCCGAUUUCGCCUUCGCCUUCAACGACAGUAACUUCUCUGACAGGGUUCUCCGGAUCGAGAUCAUGCCUGACCCAGUCGACGCCCGACCCGAUUCUGACGGCUGCACCACCAUUGCCGACUGGGCGCGCCACCGCAAGCGCCGCCGGGAGGAUAUAAAAAAGGAUAACGGUGCGGAUAUUGCUUCGGUGCCAGACGAGCAAAUUUUGAACGGGAAUCAGCCUGAUUUGGAUGAGUGUGAAAACCAAGAUGAGGAUGCUGUUGCAAUGGUUGAAGAACCCAAUUCUGGCGAUGAAGCUACUAACAGUAUUGAUUCAGACUGGAGCAUGGAUUGCUCUGCAGGAGCAGUUGUAAGAGUUAAAACGCUGCAUAUUAGUUCGCCUAUCCUGGCUGCAAAAAGUCCUUUCUUCUAUAAGCUUUUCUCCAAUGGGAUGAGGGAGUCUGAGCAGAGACAUGUCACCCUCAGAAUUAAUGCCUCUGAAGAAGCUGCUCUCAUGGAGCUACUGAAUUUUAUGUACAGUAACACCUUGACUACUACUACAGCACCUGCUUUACUCGAUGUCUUGAUGGCUGCUGAUAAAUUUGAAGUUGCUUCAUGCAUGAGAUGCUGUAGCCGGUUGUUGCGGAAUAUGCCUAUGACACCUGACUCUGCAUUGCUUUAUUUGGAUCUUCCUUCUAGUGUCUUAAUGGCCGAUGCUGUCCAACCAUUGACUGAUGCUGCAAAGCAGUACCUGGCUGGUCGGUACAAGGAUAUAACCAAGUUCCAGGAAGAAGUUUUGGCAUUGCCCCUUGCUGGGGUGGAGGCAAUACUGUCCAGCGAUGAUCUCCAGGUUGCCUCAGAGGAUGCUGUAUAUGAUUUUGUGUUGAAGUGGUCACGACAGCAGUACCCUAAACUGGAAGAAAGGCGAGAAGUCCUGGGCUCCCGUCUUGCUCGUUUAAUUCGCUUCCCUUACAUGACCUGCCGAAAGCUUAAGAAGGUCUUAACCUGUACUGACUUCGACCACGAUGUUGCUUCUAAGCUUGUACUGGAGGGCCUAUUUUUCAAGGCUGAGGCUCCACACCGCCAACGGGCACUGGCCGCAGAAGACUCUGCUUCUUCAAACCGUCGAUUUGUGGAGAGGGCAUACAAGUAUAGACCGGUGAAGGUGGUUGAAUUCGAACUUCCCCGGCAGCAGUGUGUGGUGUACUUGGAUCUGAAGCGCGAGGAGUGUGCCAAUCUAUUUCCAUCUGGGCGGGUUUAUUCUCAGGCAUUCCAUUUAGGUGGUCAAGGUUUUUUCCUAUCAGCACAUUGCAACAUGGAUCAGCAAAGCUCUUUCCAUUGCUUUGGGCUGUUUCUGGGAAUGCAGGAGAAGGGAUCAGUGAGCUUUGCUGUUGACUAUGAGUUUGCUGCAAGGUCUAGGCCAACAGAGGAAUUUGUUAGCAAGUACAAAGGCAACUAUGUGUUUACAGGGGGAAAGGCCGUUGGGUAUAGAAACUUGUUUGCUAUUCCAUGGACCUCUUUCAUGGCUGAGGAUAGUCUUUACUUCAUCAACGGUGUCCUCCACCUUAGAGCUGAGCUCACCAUCAGACACUGACCAUCAUUUGUAGUUGUGAACUUGUAUUCCAGUUGGUAGCCCUGACCUUUGUUUAGAUCUCCAAUUCUCAUUUUCUGUUAACAUGUAAUCUUUUCAAAGCUAAAUAUACAGGAAUGUCCUUUAAGUGCCCAGUGUUGCAUCUGAUUGAGGUUAAGUGAUUCGCUCAAAAUAUGCUUCUAAGUGUCGAAUUUUAUAUCACACCCUAUAUUCUAGCAUAUGAUACGUGGUCUUUGCUGUGGGCACUCGAGGGUUUUAUCAUCCCUGGUUCCAAGAAAUUUGUCAAUAGUCUAUUCUGUUUGAUUUCGUUU